GCCAGCAGCGCCCGCGCCUGCCGCCGCCGCGCGCGCCGCGCCGCAGCGCUCCCGGCAAAAUUUUUUCCCGCGGACAAGUGCACGCCGGCCCGGUUGUACUUGUACACUAAUAUGGUUUAAAGCGCUACCAUGUCUCUGUGCAGUCGCUUUUUGGAAGACGCCAAGCGGGACCUGAGGAGGGCGGACCGGGAGAUCAAGCGGCAGCUGCGGGUGCUGGACCUGCGCCUCCAGCUGCACCGGCUCUGCGACGAGCUCCCGCCGCGCUGCCCGUGCAGCUGCCGCCUGCACCCGCUCUGCUGCUGCGGCCCGCACCUCUGCCCCCGCUGCCUCUGCGAGCCCCUCUGCCGGGCGUCGUGCCUCGCCGCCUGGGAGAGGAAGCUCCUCCAGGCGCAGCUCGACAUGGAGCGCGAGCUGGCCAGUACACGAAGAAGACUUAAUAAGAUGUUGAACUCCGCCCAUGAUCAUAAGCUUUUAGCUUUGAUGGAUGUGAAGGGUUUUGAGCCUGAUGAAGUUACUGUGAAGGUGAAAGAUGGAAAGGUUAAAGUGUUAGCUGAGCACGAGGAGGAAUAUAGCACCGUAAGAGGGAAGGAGUAUAACUACAAAAAUAUCAGAAAGGAAAUCAACUUGCCUCCUGGAGUGGACGAAGAUGAGGUGAUGUACUCUGUAGGAUCUAACAGUGUCGUGAAGAUUGAAACGCCGCGUAAGUGCUACCCAUGUCUCAUGAGUCUCUGAGCGAAGGCAGGGAGCAGCAAGCAGCCGCAGCCAGAUAGCACGUGGGCACAGCGUGGGUCAGUCCACCACGGCUCCCACGGGGUCCGGGUCUGAGCGCUGAGCACGCACCAGCAGCGCCUCUGGCCUCUCCCAAAACGAAAGAGAGCAUUCCAAAAAGAUGUGUGAGAGUCUCAUUUCAAAGGGUUUUGGUGAUCAAAUUGGGGGGGGGGGGCAGCCAGAAAACAGGAAGAUAGGAACAACUUUGGGAAUACUUGGUCACUUGCUAGAUAAAAGACACUGCUGUAGGUGGCACAAAUCAGCCCAGGUAUUGCACUUGCUUAUGGAUUUUAAAAGCUGAAAGAAGCCAUUAUGAUCGGUCACAUUUCUAUAAUAAUGACUCUUCCCUCAAUUGCACCGCUUCCUUUUGAGCUGGAGGGUGUUUUCUAGGAAGAAAAUCUUGAUAAUAAAGACUUCAAGGAGAGGAAACUCCUUCCUAGGCAACACCCUUGAGUUAGCUGUGCCAGUGGUGAAUUACUCGUGCUCUUUGGAACAUGUGCCUUCAUUUCUUUUCUAAAUGCGUCUGGGUCCACCUGCAUCUCAUCUUGUUCCUCCCUGGGAAAAGUCGUCUCUAGUAGAAAUCUCUUCCCCUACAGUGGUGACCCAGUCACUUCUUAACCUUCCUGGAGAGAAGAAAAAACAGUAGGGCCAUCUCCAUUUCCUCAUUGGAAAGCCAGUUUUCCCAGUCUUUAAUUAUUUCUUGCAGCUCUUCUUUGAACUUGUUUGCAGUUCCCAACACCCCAUGUGAAUUCCAGAAAUAAGCAGCAUUUUUUGGUAGUGAUCCCACAAACGCUGUGGCACAGACGAACUGCCACCCUGGCACAGCUCAGGCUCUCCUGGAUAGGCAUAUUUCAGUCUCCAGCACCUAGGAAAGGUGAAUAAUAAGCCAGUCAAGUUCCAUCCCUAGAUUACAUAGGUACCAAAAGCCUGUUUCGUUCGUUCGCAUACGUGUUUACCAUUAUUGUGUACAGGAUGCGCUUCGGUAUUCUCCUGCCUGUCGCUAUCCUGCGCACGUUAGUCCCCAACAGAAAGCUAGGGCUUGUCAACGCUGUUUCUCAUCAGAGAGGAGGAAAAGCCUCUGAGCACUGAAAAUGAGCCCCUGGGGAGCCUGCUGAGUUGUGGUGUGGGCAUCGCAGGGCCAGUUUUCUCUCAGCAGCAGGGCUCCUGGGUCAGGCUUUCCCCUUCGUCGUGAACGAGACAGUGCGACCAGCUAAGCCGCAGGACCACCAAAGCCACGCGUUAGGUAGCUGGCCAGGAAGGCAGGAGCUGAGUUGCCACCCAGCCUGUGGCGAGUGCUCUGCCGCCUUUCUCUGACUGACAAACCUGAAUCCGGAGAGGUUACCAGCAGUUUUUCCAACUACUAUUUUUUGUUCCUGUGAGGUUUCCCUGUGCAGCCUGUGGAGAAGGGUUUCUCUAAAUGAGCGUAGCCUUAGAUAUGGAAAUGCUCAACGCGGUGUGUACUAUCCGCAGUGCCACAGCCAGCAUCCCCCCAGCUAACUGGAUUUUUUCCCAGUGUUGUGCAGUCACAGCAAAGGAAAACGGUCAAGAUCCCCGUCGGGGACCCAGCCGCGCCACCCAGAAGCGAGAGAGUCUGACCUGCGCGGCCCCGUCCUUCCUCCUCGCCUGUAGCACGGCGCGCUCGUGGCGAGGAGAGAGGUGCUUUCCGGUUCCCUCGGGCGGGCACGUGCGCGCUCCCGGGGCUUCCCUGCCCCGUGCCCAGCUCCCUAGCUUGCCACCUCCCUUUUCCAUGGAGUGGAGAGGCCCGCAAGGCUGUCGCAGCACCUGGAGACCUCAGCUGCCUUCGGCUGCUGUAGAAGGGUGCAAGCCUACGGCUGCUGCCUUCCUCUGCCCUUUGGGGGGCCUUUCCCCCGUUAGCAGGAUCACGGAGGAGAGGAGCGGAUAGAGAUGUUACAGAGCUGUCUCUCCCUUACAAAUAUUGGAAAGCAGUAAGUGAAAAAAUGAGCGGUGCCGUUUGUUCACCCCAUUUGCUCCUUAGGAAAGUUGCGCUGCUGAGAAGGACCGCGAAGCACGGAGCGUUUCUUGAGAAGGCAUCUGGGGAUAUCGCAAAGCAUUUACCAGCAGAUGAGGGGAUGACUAAAAGCAUUUCCUAUCAGAGCGUAGGGCAGAAUCAAUAGCUCAGAAUUAAUAAAACGUUUUUCGUGUUGAAA